UCGCCAUUCGCCAUUGGAUUGGACAAGCGCUUCGGAAAAAUUCACACAACAUACGAAACAACACAACUCAGCGGUCGUCCGUGCGCGGGUGUCUGAAUAAAUCUUAUUAAAUAAAAAGAACGGACGCGAUUUAGCCAGCGAAAAAAAAAGUUUCCAGUUGAGAAUCUUUAAAUUAUCAAGUUGAAACUCAAACGAUAAGCAAAUCAUACAAGACCUUCCCCCAUCACCAAUGUUUUCGGCCAGAACAUUCGCUUGUUAAGUUAAUGCUGCAUAUAUGACAGACCCACACGACAUCGCCAACGACUGAGACAAAAUGAGCCGCCAACACCAGCGGCACCACCACCACCACCACCAGCAGCUCCACCAGCCGCAGCAGCAACAGCAGCUGACGGCCCAGCAGCAGCAGCAACAACAGCUGCUCAUGGCGGAGCAUGCCGCAGCCGCGGAGGCGGCGGAGCUGUUCGAUCUCCUCUGCGUGGCCACCACGAUGCGCCAGAUCCUGGCACUGCACCGGGCCAUGUGCGAGGCGGUGGGGCUGCGUCCAUCGCCGCUCAACGACUUCUAUCCCCGGCUGAAGGCCAAGGUGCGCUCCUGGAAGGCGCAGGCGCUGUGGAAGAAGUUCGACGCCCGCGCCGCCCACCGGGUCUACGGAAAGGGGGCGGCCUGCUCCGGCACCCGGGUACUGGUGAUCGGAGCCGGGCCCUGCGGCCUGCGCACCGCCAUCGAAGCCCAGCUCCUGGGCGCCAAGGUGGUGGUGCUGGAGAAGCGCGACCGCAUCACCCGCAACAAUGUACUCCACCUGUGGCCCUUCGUGAUCACGGAUCUGCGCAAUCUGGGCGCCAAGAAGUUCUACGGAAAGUUCUGUGCCGGCUCCAUCGACCACAUCUCUAUCCGGCAGCUGCAGUGCAUGCUGCUCAAGGUGGCCCUGCUCCUGGGAGUGGAGAUCCACGAGGGCGUCAGCUUCGAGCACGCCGUGGAGCCCAACGGCGAGGGAGGCGGCUGGAGGGCAGCUGUUUCCCCAUCGGAUCACGCCGUCUCCCACUACGAGUUCGACGUCCUGAUUGGCGCAGACGGCAAGCGGAACAUGCUGGACUUCAGACGCAAGGAGUUCCGCGGCAAGCUGGCGAUCGCCAUCACCGCUAAUUUCAUAAACAAGAAGACCGAGGCCGAGGCCAAGGUGGAGGAGAUCAGCGGUGUGGCCUUCAUCUUCAACCAGGCCUUCUUCAAGGAGCUCUACGGCAAGACCGGCAUCGACCUGGAGAACAUUGUCUACUACAAGGACGAGACGCACUACUUUGUGAUGACGGCCAAGAAGCACAGUCUGAUCGACAAGGGCGUGAUAAUCGAGGACAUGGCCGAUCCCGGCGAGCUUCUGGCCCCUGCCAACGUGGACACCCAGAAGCUGCACGACUAUGCCCGCGAGGCGGCCGAGUUCUCCACGGAGUACCAGAUGCCCAAUCUGGAGUUUGCGGUGAAUCACUACGGCAAGCCGGACGUGGCCAUGUUUGACUUCACGUCGAUGUUCGCCGCCGAGAUGUCCUGCCGGGUAAUUGUCCGCAAAGGAUGUCGAUUGCUGCAGUGCCUUGUAGGCGACAGCCUGCUGGAGCCCUUCUGGCCCACGGGAUCGGGCUGUGCUCGCGGCUUCCUCUCCAGCAUGGACGCCGCCUAUGCGAUCAAGCUGUGGUCUAAUCCCCAGAACAGUACUCUGGGUGUCUUGGCGCAGCGAGAGAGUAUCUACAGGCUGCUGAACCAAACCACGCCGGACACUCUGCAAAGGGACAUCAGUGCCUAUACGGUGGACCCGGCCACGCGUUAUCCCAAUCUGAACAGGGAUUCGGUUAAUAGCUGGCAGGUGAAGCAUUUGGUGGACACCGACGACCCCUCCAUUCUGGAGCAGACCUUCAUGGAUACGCAUGCGUUGCAGGCGCCCCAUGUGGACACUCCCGGCAGGCGAAAGCGACGCAGUGGAGAUACUCUGCCCCAAGGAGCCACACUACUGCGAUGGAUCAGUGCCCAGUUGCACUCGCAUAACUUUGCGGCGGAGCUGAAGGAGCCUUCGGAUGUUUUUCGCAACGGACGUGUCCUGUGUGCCCUCAUCAGUCGCUAUCGCCCUGAUCUCAUAGACUUGGCGGCCACCAAAGACAUGAGUCCCCUGGAGUGCAACGAACUGGCCUUUGCCGUUCUGGACCGGGAGCUGCACAUAAAUCGCAUCAUGACCGCCAAGCAGUCGCUGGAUCUCACGGACGUGGAGUCGCGGGUCUGGCUGGCCUACCUGGACCAGAUCUGCGAGCUGUUCCGCGGCGAGAUCCCCCACAUCAAGCACCCCAAAAUGGACUUCAGUGACCUGCGCCAGAAGUAUAGGAUCAACCAUGCCCACGCCCAGCCGGACUUCUCCAAGCUGCUGGCCACGAAACCGAAAGCCAAGUCACCCAUGCAGGAUGCGGUGGACGUACCGACGACUGUACAGCGGCGAUCCGUGCUGGAGGAGGAGCGGGCCAAGCGGCAGCGUCGCCACGAGCAGUUGAUGCAGAGCGGAGGUGUGGCCGCGGGAUCCGGUGGCGGAGGAGUGGCCGGCAGCGGAGGGGCAACUGGAGCGGGAAGCAGCUUGCAGCCGGGUCAGAACGAUACUCCUCGUCGCUCGAAGAAACGCCGACAGACCGACAAGACCGCCAAUAUUGAGGAGCGCCAGCAGCGUCUGCAGGAGAUCGAGGAGAAUCGUCAGGAGCGGAUGAGCAAGAGGCGCCAGCAGCGCUACCAUCAGACCCAGAACUUCUAUAAGAGCUUACAGCUCCUCCAGGCGGGAAAGUUACUCCGCGAGGGCGGCCUUGGCGAGGGGGGUGUGGCCGAAGACGGCACCCCCUUCGAGGACUAUUCGAUAUUCCUCUAUCGACAGCAGGCUCCGGUUUUCAACGAUCGUGUCAAGGACCUGGAGCGGAAGCUUCUGUUUCCCGAUCGCGAACGUGGCGACAUACCCUCAGCCAUGCCCCGCACGGCGGAUGAGCAGUUCAGUGACCGCAUCCGGAACAUGGAACAGCGGAUGACGGGACGCGGCGGUCACGGGGCCGACAAGAAGCCCAAGGAUCUGAUGCGGGCCAUUGGCAAGAUCGACUCGAAUGACUGGAAUGUGCGCGAAAUCGAGAAGAAGAUCGAACUCUCCAAGAAGACGGAGAUCCAUGGGCCCAAGGGCCGAGAGAAGGUGCCCAAGUGGAGCAAGGAGCAGUUCCAGGCACGGCAGCACAAGAUGUCCAAGCCGCAGCGGCAGGACUCCCGCGAGGCUGAGAAAUUCAAGGACAUCGAUCAGACGAUUCGGAAUCUCGACAAGCAGCUGAAGGAGGGCCACAACCUGGACGUGGGCGAGCGGGGUCGCAACAAGGUGGCCUCAAUCGCGGGCCAGUUCGGCAAAAAGGACGAGGCCAAUUCGGAUGAGAAGAACGCCAGCAGCAAUGCCACCACCAACACCAACACAGUCAUACCCAAAUCUAGUUCCAAGGUGGCGCUGGCCUUCAAAAAGCAGGCUGCCUCCGAAAAGUGCCGCUUCUGCAAGCAAACCGUUUACCUGAUGGAGAAGACCACCGUGGAGGGGCUGGUCCUGCACCGCAAUUGCCUUAAGUGCCACCACUGCCACACCAACUUGCGCCUGGGCGGCUACGCCUUCGAUCGCGACGAUCCCCAAGGACGCUUCUAUUGUACGCAGCACUUCCGGUUGCCGCCCAAGCCGCUGCCCCAACGCACCAACAAGGCCAGGAAAUCUGCUGGCGCCCAGCCUGCCUCACCUGCUGCUCCAUCCGCACCCCAGGCCGCUGCUGCUGCUGCCGCUCUCGCCGCCGAACCUAUGGACACUACUCCGCCCAGGGACACGGUGGAUCUGUUGGAAACAUCCAGGGCCUCCGCUGCAGCCGCCUCCGCCGAUGCCAUGUCGGAUGACGAGGCCAAUGUCAUUGACGAGCACGAGUGGUCGGGACGCAACUUCCUGCCCGAAUCCAACAACGAUUCGCAGUCGGAGCUGUCCAGCUCAGACGAAACGGACACGGAGUCCGAUUCGGAGAUGUACGAGGAGGCGGAUGACUCGCCAUUCGGAGUACAGACCCUGCAACUCGCCUCCGACUGGAUUGGAAAGCAGUAUGCCGAGGAUAGCGAUGAUUCGGACGAUUUCUACGACUCCAGCGAAGGUAUUGCGGAUGAUGGCAAGGACGAUACCGAAGGCGAGGAGUUCAAGAAAGCCCGGGAGCUGAGACGCGAGGAGGUGCGUUUGCAGCCCCUGCCCGCCAAUCUGCCCACGGACACUGAAACAGAGAAGCUCACACUUAAUGUAGACAAUAAAGAAAACUUGGCCGAUAGAGGCUCUCUCAAGUCGGCCAACUCCUUCGAGUCGGCUCGCAGCCAACCCGCCACGCCCCUCACUCCAACGCCCACUCGUGUGGAAAUGGAGCAGCUGGAGCGCAACGCUCCCCGUAAGUUUAGUAGCGAAAUCGAGGCAAUUAGUGAGAAGCUCUACCACAUGAACAACAUGGUCAAAAUGAACAAGGAUCUGGAGGUCCUGGCCAAGGAGAACCUGGUCAAAAGCGAUAUCCUGCGGAAGCUAACGCUCAAGGAGAAGUGGCUGGCGGAGAAUGCAGCCAUAGCAGCUGCGCAGAAAUCAGCCAGUGUUGUGGCAGCUCCCACUACGGCAGCUCCUCCACUUCAACCCAAGUCCAAGUUCGAUGAAAAGUACGAAAAAGUGGUGAGUCCGCCGCCGCAAUCGGUGGCUGAGCCCAAACCCAAGCCGGUGAUAGAUUUCAAUCUGGACGAGCUGAAGCCCCGCAAGCCCAAUUUUGAGGAGCGACCCAAGGAGCAGCUACCGAAGCCACCGAGCCUCAAGAACUCCAAGGAGAGCAAGGCCAAUGUAAGCCGGUCCAACAGCCUGAAGAGCAACGCCAGCUCGGGAAGUCCCAAAGUGAAGAAGGCACCCAUUCCCAUCGAGAAUAAAAUGCAAAUAGAGGGCAUCCUAAGUACAAUGAAGAAGCUGCAGCGCCAGCACAGCAGCGAUCAGGACGAGGACAUGGAUGUGGACAUCGAAGCGGAUGUGGACAUGCAACCCAACAAACAACUGAAUACAAAACUGAAAGAGAUUCAAGCCAGCAGUUUCGCCGGCACAAUGGAUCACAUCAAGUCGCAGCUGACUAUGCCCACGGUGAGUGCUCAGGCCGCACCUACGGUGGACCUGUCCAAGUACUUUCCCAACCAGAAGCAGGAGAAGAGCACCUCCAGCAACACAAACAAAAACCAAAAAACCCUGAAAGAUGUAGAUCUGGCCAAGUACUUUCCCAGCAGCCCAGCUCCCCAGCGAAGAACGGUCGAAACCGUGGCCGAUAGACUGAAGAAGUCACAAACUGAGGCCUCCCUGGCCAAGUCAAAACCCCAAGAAGAGCCUCCCAAACCCCCAGAGCGGAGUAAGCCCAAACCUUCAGAAGAAAGUAAGGCCAAACCAGAGGAGAAGGUGGAACAACCCAAGAAGGAACCUGCUGGAAAGGUCGACUCGAAACCUGUGCCGCCCAAACGACAGGCCUCGUUGCAAACAUUCAGCUUACGGGACCAUCAGAUGGAUGGAGCCCUGGACUUGACCAAGAAGAAGAAUCCAGUAAAGGUAACCACGAUUGUAAAAAAAGUGCCAGCAAAAUCCGGAAGUGCCACUACGGUGACCAAGACCACGGCCACGGCUACUGGAAAAGGGAAAACCAUCAAGAUCAUUAAGAAAAUUGUCCCAAAGGGCACCAAGGCCAAAAAGCAGGCAGCGGCCGAAGCAGAAGCUGCCACUAAAGUGGCUGAAGAAGUACCUCCACCUCCUACUUCUCCUCCUCCGCCAAAAGAUGAAACGGAGUGCAUCUUGGAUGAAAUUCUGGGAGACGGAGCAACACGAUCCCCCAGCUCCGAGUAUCAGCGUUUGUUUCAAGACGAAAAGUCCCCCAGCGAUCUAUCCGAUAAUAUCGAUCGUAUUCUCGAGGAGACUGGCUUGGAUUUGGAACUGGGACUCCCACGUCGCAGUAGCAAAAAGCUGGUGAAAACCAAGUCCCUGGGAGAGGGAGACUUCGAACUGAAGUCGUCCAAGCCAAGGUUGACCGGAGUACAGAACAUUCUCAAACGCUUCGAGUCGAUGAGCUCGGUGAACUCGCAGAACUCGCAAAACAGCGAUGAGCAGGCGGCCUUCAAGUUGCGUCGCAUGGAGUCCACCACCAGCAACCUGAGCAGCUUGACCCGAUCCAGAGAGUCCAUUGUUUCUGCCAGUGAUUCGAUGAGUGAUUUGGAGAAGACCAUGGACUACCUGCGCAACGAAUGGCGCAAUGAAGCCACAAACUUUCUGCAAAAGAAACGCGACAAGUUCUAUGCCCAAAAGGAGGAGCAGGAGAAAAAGGAAGCGGAAGCCAGGAGCAAGCCUGAUCCCCUAAGAGACCUACCAGUCCAAUAUCGCGACUCCAAGUUGGCCAAAUUCUUUGGAAUGGGCGGUUCCCGAAAGUCACCAGAAAAACGAAAGUCUCCCAUCAAAAAAAAGAAAUCUCCCACAAAGACCACAAAAACGGUGACCAAGGUUAACAAUUCCCUGGAGGAGCUGGCCAAGAUUAGCAAUGCCCGCCAGGCCAAGCAGGCUCAAAAGAAAGCGACUAAAGCCGUGGAGAAGGAUUCCAAACCAAAACCCAAACCUAAACCUGAAAUCGUAAAGCCCGCCAUCCCAGUUCCUGAUGAUUUUGAAGUGUUGGAUUUAAUAAAAAAAGCCACCGAGGCCAAGGAGCUGGAACGCUCCAAAACCAAGAGUCCUGCCGUUGAGGAAGUGCUCAAAGAAAUUGCCCAAGAAGCUAAAAAGGAAUUGCCCACGGAGGAGGAAUUACCUCCUCCAGUCGUGGAGGACAUCCGAAACUUGCCAAAAACCGGUUGCGAUAAAUCGUCCCUGAACAGUUCCCGUCGCGGUUCCCAAUCCAGUUUGGUAAUGUCCCGCCGCCAGUCGGAGAUCUCUCUGAAUGAGAAACUUAACCAGGAGGCACUGGUGGCCCUAACGAACCUAGAAAAGGAACGCGAAGCGGAGCAAGUAGAUGAGUUAUUCCAGAACAUGGUCGAUGAAAUGGAGCAGGAGCAAGAUCAUCAUUCGGAUCCCAUUGCCGUUGCGGAGCCUCUGGAAGACGACGUCGAUGCCGAUUCCCUCUGCACCACCAUCAGCAAGAGUCCUAGUGCCCAACCCGUGACUGUGGUGAAAAGGGGCAGCUCCGAGGACCAAAGUAUUGAGAAGCUGUUUGGAAACUUUUCUGAUGAAAUGCUGGUGAACGUGGAAUUCGAUUCCAAUGAUGAAGUGGUUGGCAUCACGCCGAGGGCCAGUCUAGUAAACAGCAAAUCGGAAGAUCGAGACUAUCUUGGAAAAUUGGAGUCUCUGGAAAGAGACGAGGAUGCUCUUCAGCCGCUGUCUGGCUUAGAGAAAUUCCAACAGGACAAUGGCCAAUACGAAGUGGAUGGCUUGCACUUUCCAUCGCGUCCUCAACGCAGACCCAAGAGCAGCUCCUCCUCCAGCGAGCCAUCUCUGCCCAAGGCCCCACAAAGGCUGCGCAAAAAACUGGCCAAGCUCGAUCCAGAGGAUAUGGCUCCAUCGGUCCAGGAUCUUUUAAAUCAGGUUUACACAAAGAAUUUACAACCGCAGGAUCUGGAGGUUGUACCCAUUGAGGGUGGUAAGACUUUGAAGUUUCCUAGUUUAGUGGUGGAAGAUGAUGUCGCUGUCGAUGUUGUGGACCAUCCUGAAGAGAAUGUCAAGGAAAACGGUGUCCAAAAAGAAGAGUUACCUCCGACACCUGAAAAACCUUCCAGUACUCUUGCCUCGAAGAACUCCUCUGGGAGCAGCUUGGUGGAUCCCGUUCCCAAGAUCAUAACUCCGCCUAAGAUCCGCAGCAAGGAAAACUCUUUGGACUGGGAUAUGGAAAAGUUGCCGGCUUCGCCAAUGCCCCGAAGGAAACUACCACAGCCAGUGGUCAGCAAAGAGAGUUCCUUGGAGUGGAAUAUGGAGAAGUUACCCAACAGCCCCAUGCCGCCCAGGCGGAAUAAAAUGCGACCCAUUUCGCCGAGCUCAAAUUCCGUGCAACUCCUCAAUAACCUAUCCUCCGACGACGAGGCGACCACCCAGCGCCGCCUGAUCGAGGAUUUCGAGAGGGAACGUCGUCAGGCUCUGAUUAAGCGGGAUGAGAACUUUGAGGCCUCUGCAGCGGAGCAGAGGCGCAGGGACUCCCUUCAGAGUAGCAGCAAUUCUAGCAACUCCAAGCGGAGUCUGCCUCCUCCCACGCCACCCAUGUUGCCUUCUGUCUCCCGUCGGGGAACCACCCAGGAUACAAAGCCCCGUCACGAGGGAACGCCGCCCAUGUUCAAGAAACUGGAUGUGGAUGGCAGUGGUAGUGCCAGUGCCAGUGCCAGUGCGACCCCAUGGGACUCCACUGCCUGCUCCACGCGGCGCAGUUCCUUUGCAUUUAUAGAGUUACAGGACAACAAGCCGGUCAUCGUUCCCAUGCCCAAGAAGCUAAAGUUGCCCAAAGUGGAGGCACCCAGAUUUGUGCCGGAACCAGUGGCCGCCGAUGAGCCAGUCCCAGAGGUCUUCCAAGGGCGAUCCUGGCCCAAGUCUCAGGCGGAGAUGGAUGCCGACACCGAGCAGGAUGACGAAGAUCCUGCCGAGAAACUGAAAAAACAAUUGCCGGAGUACGCUCGCUCGGAUUCGCCACCUUCGGCAGCUUUCAAGAAUCGCAAAUGGCCGGAUGGCAAAACCGUUUUUGAUCAGAGAGCCGAGUCCAUGGAAGAGGAGGACAUCCUGGGAGGUCUACUGGCCUCCAAGCGUAGGGGAUCCAACAGGAUUAAGGAAAAGCCCCGCUCCCAAUCGCCGCCACCCUUCAAGCCUUUGGUGAAUAGCUCCCGGCAAAGCUCCAAGUCGUAUGGUGACCUCAAGAAGGGACCCUCGUUGCAGUCCCUCUCCGCCCAAUCCAGCCAAGACACGGAUACGCUGUCCACCACCACAACAGUGGCUACCACGCGUCCGUUGAGUUACGCCGCCACCUACGAUGACCCCAUGGACGCCAGUACCAAGGCUCUGCUGGAUCGUGGCAAGCGAUUGCAUAACCGAAAAAGAGACUUCGUCAACGAGAGAGUCGUCGAACGAAAUCCCUAUAUGAGGGAGGUCCUGCGCAGCACAGAUCGUCGGGAGUACGACGAUGUGGAUGAGGACCUGACCAGUUACAGGCCAAGAAGCUACGGCAGCUCCACUCUCAGUCGCUUCCCCAGUACUUCCACUAGGAAGAGCAAUGCCUACGACUACCUCAGUCCGAGUAGCGAUUACCUGACCAGGAGAUCCACUGGAUACAGCAGCAUACCAGCCAUCGGCGGAAGCAGCAGCUACUAUCCAUCUUCUGUUCCGGCCACCACGACGCGCAGCUCCCACUUAAGCGAUCUUUUCCGGCGUCGCAGUCCCGCCAGCGGAUCCAGCUACGGAUCCUCCAAAGAUUCGUGCGUCCAAACCGAAUCCGAGAGCACCUCACCCGACGAGGUGGAGCUCAACUCUGCCACUGAGAUAUCCACCGACUCCGAGUUCGACAACGAUGAGAUCAUACGCCAGGCGCCCAAAAUCUUCAUCGAUGACACCCAUCUAAAGAAGCCCACUAAAGUCCAAAUCAAGUCCACCAUGAUCGGACAGAAUGCUGCUGCUGCUGCUGGACUCCAUCAGAAGCAAUUGGCGGCGCGGGAGAAGGGUGGCAGUUAUUUGCAAAAGUACCAACCGCAACCGCCUCUGCCGCAGUUUAAGCCACUGGUGCAGGUGGAUCCCACGCUGCUCAUUGGAACUCAGCGAGCUCCUCUCCAGAAUCCCCGCCCAGGUGACUAUCUGCUGAAUAAAACGGCCAGCACCGAAGGCAUUGCCUCCAAAAAGAGUCUGGAGCUGAAGAAGCGCUACCUGCUGGGUGAACCGGCGAACGGGAACAAGAUUCAGAAAUCCGGCUCUACUUCAGUGUUGGACUCGCGUAUUCGCAGCUUCCAGUCCAACAUCUCGGAGUGUCAGAAGCUAUUGAAUCCCAGCAGCGACAUAAGUGCCGGCAUGCGUAGUUUCCUGGAUCGCACCAAGUUGGGUGAGGGUCAGAGUCAGAGUCAGUCCAACGAACUGAUGCGCUCCGCCACCAGCAAUGUGAUCAACGACCUGCGCGUGGAACUCCGGAUACAGAAGGCACCCUCCAGUCACUCCACGGACAAUGAGAAGGAGAACGUGUUUGUAAACUGCAAGAAUGAGCUCAACAAGGGUAUGGAGUACACGGACGCGGUGAAUGCCACUCUGCUGGAUCAGCUUAGCAAAACCAAGAGCAACUCCCCGACCACGCCGACAAAUAACAAGACGACGGUGAUCGAGGUGAUAGAUUUGGUGACGCCCGAGAAGCUACCAAUCAUCGACUUGACGGUGGUGGAGACUCCCAAGAAGCUCGACGACACCAUGGAUGUGGAUGACCGACUAACGCCGGAUAGCAACAAGAUUACUGAUCUGCAGCAAAAGGAGGUGAAGGAGGAGCCCAAGCCGGACGUGUCGCGGGAUGUAAAGGAGUGUAUACCGGACAUUUUGGGUCACAUCAAGGAGGGUGCGGUGGUCAAGGAACAGGACAGCGAAGAUCAGCAGAGUUUGCUGUGCCAAUCCGACGAGGAGAAACGCGACUCGCCCGAAAAAGAGAUGGCGGAGCAGGAGCCGGAUAGUGUUCAGAUCCAGGUCCCCAAUAUUCCCUGGAGCAAGCCAAAGCCCGAGGCCAUGUCCACCACUGGGAGCAGUGGCUCCAGUUGCACCACCACUGACUCUUCGAGCAUCGAGGAUAUACAGCACUAUAUCCUGGAGUCCACGACUAGUCCGGAUACUCAAACUGCGGGUGGAAAGCACAAUGUGCCGCGGCUGGAGGUCCACGACACCAGUGGCACCCUCAUGCAGGUGGACAGCCUGAUGAUUGUGAAUGGGAAGUACAUUGGCGAUCCGGAGGAUGUCAAAUACUUGGACAUGCCAGCCGACGUGAUCGUACCUGCUACUCCAGCGCUGAAAACCAGCGAGCUGGAGCUGGAGGAUGAAACAGAACCAGUGACCGCCACUCCGGAGCCAGCGGAUUGCACAGUGAUAGAGGCUGAGCGCCAGGUGGAGAUGCGACCGCCACCUCUGCCCGAGAUGGGACCACCCAAGCUCAAGUUCGACAGCAAGAACGAGAAUAAAAUCGAGAGCCUGAAGAACUUGCCACUGAUCGUGGAACGGAACGUGGAGCACAGCGAGGCAGUGAAGCCCAUAACCUUAAAUUUGAGCAGCGUGGCCAGGACGCCGGACACACCAACCACUCCCACGGCACACGAUAGUGACAAAACGCCCACGGGCGAGGUGCUAUCCCGAGGAUCGGACUCGGAAACAGAAGCAACAGGCACGGGUCAGGUGCUUACGGAAACGGAACUAUCCGACUGGACGGCCGAUGAUUGCAUCUCCGAGAACUUUGUGGACAUGGAAUUCGUGCUGAACUCCAACAAGGGAACGAUGAAGCGGCGCAAGGAGCGACGACGCAGUGGAGUCAAUACAAAAUUACCCAGUGGCAACGAGGUGAUCCACGAGGUAGCUAGACAAGCGCCAGUGGUGGAUAUGGAUGGAAUCCUUAAUGCUAUUGACAUAGAUGAUAUUGAGUUCAUGGACACGGGGUCGGAGGGUUCCUGUGCGGAGGCUUACUCCGCCACGAAUACGGCCCUGCUCAAGAACCGUGGCUACAUGGAGUACAUCGAGACAGAGCCCAAAAAGACUCCGCUCAGAACAGCUGCUGCUCCAGUCAGCUAUCCUGGUAACCUGCCAGCUUUGGUGACCAAGCGUGACGAGAAACUGGGUAUCGAUUAUAUCGAGCAAGGUGCAUACAUCAUGCACGACGAUGCCAAGACCCCAGUGAACGAGGUGCCUCCCGCUAUGACCCAGUCUCUGACAGACUCGAGCACCCUGAACGACCUGGACGAUGACAGCAUGGCGGGAAUGGGCUUGUCCCAAACCCAGCAAACCACCACUGAAGAGAGCGAAGCUUUAACAGUGGUCACCAGUCCACUAGACACCUCCUCGCCCAGGGUACUGGAUCAGUUCGCCUCGAUGUUGGCGGCGGGUAAGCAUGAUUCCCAGACGCCCAGCAGCUCGGAGCAACAACCAAAGACCUCCAGCGCUGUGACCACUAGUAGCAGUGGAGCUCCCAACUCCUCGCCCGGUAAUGCCGCCAAAGAAGCUGUCCCGCCAGAGGAUCCGGAUCUGCAGAUCCAGUUCGAGUAUGUAAGGGCGCUGCAGCAGCGCAUCUCGCAGAUCAGUACCCAGCGACGGAAGAGCUCCAAGGGCGAGGCCAACGCACCUGUGAUAGAAGCUAUGGAGGAUCAGUCCAAGCCGAAGGAGGAGUCCCUGCCCUCGUCGAUGCGCCCGCGGAGCAGCAGCAGCUCCAGCAAGGUACCUGAGAUACCCACGCUCAGCAGCAAGCUAGAGGAGAUUACCAAAGAGCGCACCAAGCAGAAGGAUCUCAUCCACGAUCUGGUCAUGGACAAGUUGCAGUCGAAGAAGGCCCUAAACGCCGAAAAGCGUCUCCAUCGGAGUCGUCAGAGGAGCCUGCUGACCAGCGGCUAUGCCAGUGGCUCUAGUCUGAGUCCCACGCCCAAACUGGCAGCGGCCUCUAGUCCCCAGGAUUCCAAUUGCUCCAGUCAGGCCCACUACCACGCCUCCACAGCCGAGGAGCCCAGACCAAAGCCCGCGGAGAGGGUGCUUCAAAAGUCCGCCACGUCCACUUAUGUGUCGCCCUAUCGCACUGUACAGGCCCCCACCCGGAGUGCCGAUCUCUAUAAGCCGCGUCCCUUCAGCGAACACAUCGACGGUAGUGUCCUGGACGGCUACAAGUUGGGCAAGACGUCCUCGUUCAAUGGUGGAAAGUUGGGCGACUUUGCAACUCCCAUUGCUCCUGUCAGGGUGAAUCGGGGCGGCGGAGGAGGUGGUAAUGGUGCCAGCACUAUCCAGGACAUUGGGAAUAUUUCCGCCUCGACGGAGAAUCUUAGAAGCGAAGCAAGAGCCCGUGCUCGUCUUAAAUCCAACACUGAGCUCGGCCUGAGUCCGGAGGAGAAGAUGCAGCUCCUGCGCACUCGACUGCACUACGACCAAAAUCGCGGUCUCAAGUCCAAGCAGCUGGAGGAGAUGCCCGGACAGGGCGAACUCGCAGCUCGGGCACGAAAAAUGAGUGCCUCGAAAAGUGUUAACGAUCUGGCCUACUUGGUGGGUCACCAGCAGCAGCAGCAGCAGCAACUGGACAUGGAUGCGGUGCUCAAAGCCAAGGCGGCGGACUUCAUAUCGGAUCCGAAUUUGGCGGCCAGCGGGCAGGAGAAGGCGGCAAAAACAAAGUCCGGCAGGAGGCAAAAGGACCCGGAGCGACGCAAAAGUCUCAUACAAUCGUUGUCCAGCUUUUUCCAGAAGGGAACCAGUGCCACCAGUACCAGUGCCAAGGAUCAGGGCAUACCAGCUGUUGGAGGUCACUCUGAGCCAUCAGAGCGUCCUGGCACCAGCAGCAGUGGCACGCCCACCAUCUCAGAGGGGGCAGGCGGAAGUGGCGGCGGAGGAGGCGGCGUCUUCAGCCGAUUCCGCAUCUCACCCAAGUCCAAGGAGAAGUCCAAGGACAAGGAUGUGCUCAACUGCAACGCCACAACUGCAACAGGCGCAGCCGCCACUUCACAGACAAAACACUCUCAAGAAUAUCUGAACAACAGUCGAUACCGAAAGCAAACGAACACUGCGAAGAACUCGAAACCCGAAUCGUUCUCAUCGUCCAGUCCGCAGCUCUACAUACACAAGCCCCACCACCAUCACCACAACCACCAUCACCUGACCGCAGCGAAUCCCAGUGCCCUGGAAGACCAGAUACCGCCGCCCAUACCACCGCUGCCACUGAACUACCAGAGAUCCGACGAUGAGAGCUACGCUAACGAGACACGCGAGCAUAAGAAGCAACGUGCCAUAUCGAAGGCUUCACGACAAGCUGAGCUCAAGCGACUGCGAAUCGCUCAAGAAAUCCAGCGGGAACAGGAGGAGAUCGAGGUGCAGCUAAAGGAUCUAGAGGCCCGGGGAGUCCUAAUCGAGAAGGCCCUAAGGGGCGAGGCGCACAAUAUUGAAAACCUGGACACGAACAAGGACAACGAUGAGAAGCUAUUGAAGGAACUUUUGGAAAUUUGGCGUAACAUAACAGCACUCAAAAAACGCGACGAAGAACUAGCUAUUCGACAACAGGAACUACAAUUGGAGUAUCGGCAUGCCCAGCUGAAAGAAGAGCUCAAUCUGCGAUUGUCUUGCAAUAAACUGGACAAAAGCUCUGCCGAUGUGGCCGCCGAGGGUGCCAUACUCAAUGAGAUGCUGGAAAUAGUCGCCAAACGAGCCGCCCUACGACCCACAGCCUCCCAAUUGGACCUUACCUCAGCGGGAGCAGCAUCAACCUCCGCAGAGGCCACGACAAGCAUCAAGCUUACCGGCCAACCACACGACCACGAAGAAUCAAAUAUUUGAAGACCAAAACUUCCCUGGGGUCUGCUAAUCCACGAAAUUGUGCAAGGACUUAUGAGCCUAAAUACUUAAGUUGGGGGAGAGGAGCAGCAGGAGAAUGAACCAAAAAUCAGCUGAAUAUUAAAAUUAACAAUUACUAAAACCCAUGAGCUGUAAAGGAAACGAGCAAACAACUAUUCACAGUGAUUAAGCGGCGCAGAGAACAAAUUAAAUAUAUUUAAGUAGUGAGGCCUAACUAAUGUUGGUGAAGCGCGCAAGUUACAAGAAAAGAAACUAGAUAACAGGCAGAGAAGAAAUCAAAACCAAAAACUAAUUUUGCAAUUCGAAAGUAAGGGUUACGAUCGUUCUUGAGGAGAACACCUUUAGUUCUUUAUUCAACCUACUCGUACGUUUAGUUAGUCGUUGCCACUGAAAUUUGUCUGAUCUUUGUAUGUCCUAUGCAAUAUGUUGUGUUUUAUUUUUUGUAAAUGUAAUGAGUUGAUUUGAGUGUAUAUCGUGAAUAUGUGCAAAAGACUUUGUGAUCUGGAGCAACUGUAAAUGGUGUAUUUGAGUUUACUUAGGUUAUUUGGCACUUAGAUAUUGUUUGUCGACGUCUGUGUAUACCGUUGCAAUGUAUUAUUAUUUAUUUGAAGAAUCACACUCACGUUUAGCGAACAUAGCACACCACACAUCCAUGUAUGUAAUAUGUCAUUUUCUGCCCAACCAAAUUUAAAAGUGAACACAAAGAGAUACACACAAAUAUUUUCUAUAUGCUAGAAAGCGUAUAUAAUAUAUAGAAGAAAAAGCAACCAUUAUACUUGUAUACUAAUGAAGUAAAUAAAAUUAUUGUGUAACUUUUAUUUAUAACCUGCAUAUAUGAACAUAUUUAUCGAAUUUAUUAUGUAAACUUUUCGAUUUAUUUUAAAUUGAAUAAAGAUUUUAUAAAACGUA